AUGAGCAGCAGAAUCAAUGGCUCAUGGUCUAUCCUUGGUGACUUCAACACUAUUAUGGCUCCAGAGGAAAAGAAGGGUGGUACCCCGCACACUCUAAACAAAAGUGUUGAUUUCAUUACAUGCAUGGAUGACUGUGGAAUGUCAGAUCUUAGCUUUACAGGGAAUCCUUUUACAUGGUGUAAUGGCAGCAGGGGGAGGAAAAGAAUCAGCACAAGAUUAGAUAGGGUUCUUAUAAAUGAAGAGUGGGCAGAGAACUUUCAAACAAAUAGAGUUGACCACCAUGCCAAAUCAGGGUCGGAUCAUAGUCUCAUCACCUUUAAAUUUGGUAAUGAGAACCAUGAAGUAAUCAAAUACUUCAGGUUCCUUAAUUUCUGGACUAAGCAGAACGACUACAAUUCCUUAAUUGAAAGGAUCUGGAACAAGGAGGUCCAGGGAAACGACCAAUGGAUCCUUCAACAGAAAUUAAAAGCAGUAGCUAGGGGCCUCAGCAAAUGGUCCAAGGAUUCUAUUGGUGAUGUCUUCACUUCAGUCAAACAAUCUGAGCUGGAAAUGUGUAGGCUAGAGCAGCAAUAUGAGACUCAUAACACAGAUGCCAAUAGACAGAACCUAUACAAGGCCCAAGCAGAAUAUACUAGAUUGCUAAAGAUGCAAGAAUCCAUUCUCAAGCAAAAAUCCAGAAUCAAAUGGGCUGAAGAAGGUGACUCUAACUCCAAAUAUUUUCAUAGUAUGAUCAAGGAGAAAAAGAGGAGAGCACAUAUCCAUAGAAUCAAGGAUAAUCAUGGAACAUGGAUUGAAGGCAAUGAAGCUAUUGCAAAUGCUGUUAUUGAUCACUUCAGCAAUCUGUUCACUCACACCCAAAGUGACAACAAUCUGUCCAUUAUGGAAUGUAUUCAACCGAUGGUCACAGAGGAGGACAACCAUCUCAUGAACCAGAUUCCUCAAGAAGAAGAGAUUAGAAAUGCAGUGUUCUCUAUAGACCCCAACAGCUCUGCAGGCCUGGAUGGCUUUAAUGGUCACUUUUACCAAGCUUCAUGGGACACUAUUAAAAGGGAGGUUUGCAAGUUUGUUCAAAAUUGCUUUAAUGGCUAUAAUCUUUCCAGAUACUAUACUCAUACUAAUCCGGUCCUCAUUCCUAAAGUGCCCUCCCCUUCAUCUUUAUCUCAACGAAGGCCUAUAAGUCUUUGUAAUGUGUCAAACAAGAUUAUAUCCAAAAUUAUCAGUAUUAGGAUAGCUAAAAUCCUUCCUAAUCUAAUUUCUGAUAAUCAAUCAGGUUUUGUUAAAGGUAGACUAAUCACCGAAAACAUCCUUCUUGCUCAGGAACUUGUUCAUGGUAUCAAGAAGAACAAUCAAGGGGGAAACAUUGUCAUUAAGCUUGACAUGCCCAAAGCUUAG